AUGCUCCCUCUCGUCAUCACCGCCGCGCUCCUAGGCUUCUCGGGGCUUGCCGCGGCGCAGCUCCAGUCGUCGGAAGACGGCACCUGCGGCCCGCCCAGCAACUACACCUGCCUGGGGUCAGAUGACGGCAACUGCUGCUCGGCGCACGGGUGGUGCGGAGCCACCGACGAGCACUGCGGUGCGGGCUGCUUGUUGGCCUGGGGGCUCUGCGGCGCGGGCGUGGGUGGCACGCCCGUAGUCUCGACAACCCCGUCAACCAUCUCGACGAGGAGCGUGUACACGCCGACGACCGGGGAGUCGGCAUCGGCGUCCGCCUGCCGUGUCUACAUCACCGAGAUUGUGCGCACGACCGUGGCCCGGACCGUGACCCAGCCGCAGGAGACGACGACGGUGACGCAGACGUCUUGGACGCUGCGGCCGCUCACCAUACGCACCACCUUGUCAACGACACUGACCCAGACCAGCCUGAUCAUCAUCCCCACGACCACUAUCGCGCGGGUCACGACAACAAUCCCCACGACGACGGUGCAGACCGACACGGUUACGGCCAACGUCACGUCGACGCAGACGGAGCGCACCACGUCGACGUCCUUCUCAAUCGUCUUCGCCACCGUCUUCAAUACCAUCAACGUGACGAGCUACUCGACUAUCUGGGCUACGAGCACGCUCACGGCGACGCAAACGCUCGACACGACGCGCGUCUUCAGCGAGACGCUGACCUCGACGCUGACGCAGUCGGCCACGGUCACGCAGACGAACCUGCUGACGGCCACGACCGACCUCACGCGCGUCUACAACACGACGUCAACGGCGUUCCGCACGCGCACGCGCACCGUUACGUCCGAGAUCGACAUCACCUCGACGGCGGUGCUCAGCACGACUGACACGGCUACGCGCACUAUCACGCGCACCGCUACCAUCCCGCUGUACCUGACCAUCACGGCCACGACGGACACGACACGCGUCUUCAACACCACGUCGACGUCCAUCGUCGAGCUCACCACCACCGUCGUCGAGACCCUGACCGCCACCAUCCGCACCACCCGCACCAUCCGCUCGACCCUCACCAUCCGCUCGACCCUGUCCGUCACGGUCACAAUCACCGAUGCCGGGGGUCCGCCGACGUCGACGAUCACGCCGUCCCCGGCGGUCCUCACGCCGACUGUCGCGCCGCCCGUCGUGCUGACGCCAACCGUCGCACCGCCCGUAGCGCUGACGCCGACCGCCGCACCGCCCGUCGUGCUCACGAGCGUCACCACCAUCACGCCGCCGAGUGUUUCCCUGCCGACCAACACCCCCACGCCCGCAUCCUAGCACUGGCAUGUCAAAGCGACAAUGCGAGUGAGCAGAAGGGUUGAUGAGAAUUCACGGCUGUCGAAGCGGAGAGCCAUGGGGUACAGGCAGAAAAAGGGCAAGGCAAAGAUGGUUAGCAAUGCUUAAGCAGAUAAAUUCUCUUUCACGUGGAAAAGAAAGGCAGUUCAAAAAGCAAAAUCGGAUAAUACCCGGAAACAGUGAGCAAACAAAACAAGACAGGACAGGACAGCACAGCAAAAGCAUUGGAGAAUUAGGUAUCUUGGCGGAAAUAAAAAAAGGAAACCAACAGCAAAGCUUCACGUGAUAAAAUUUGUUGAUAGGCACAGCCUCCUGAGGGAGG